AUGUCGCUGAGCUCAGGCCUCGACCGCGCCAUCGAUCGGCCUCCUGAGUCUUUGGUUGCUGUUAUCAUCAUCCAGAAGAAGGGCCUCGACCAGAGAUUAGGCACUCUGGUCACUUGUGGCUGCCAAGUUCGAGCUUCCUCGAAGACUGCAUACACUGAAACUAGGGAUGUCGACCAUGUUGUCUUCCCCGCUGGUAUUGGACAGGUGGAUGUGCCGGUUGUUUCCAAGUAA